CCGCUCCCCCCCUCUGAACACAUUCACGAGUCCGUUCCUUCCGAGACAAUCGAUCAGUCAGUCAUUUUGUCAGUCGCUAUCCGCGUACCUAUACACUGCCUAUGCACACCGCCGACAUGCCAGGCCAGCAAGGCACCAUGCCAUUGCCUUCUCUCACUGUGUCAGUCAGUCAGUCAUUGUAUACAUCCAUCCCAUCCAUCCACCAGCCAGACAGGAAGCCAUACAGCCAUACCGACAUCCAUCCAUCCAUCCAAAGGUAACCCAACCCCCCAAAGCGAAAUCGACUCCACGGCCUCUCUCUCUCUUUGCUCUUCCUUCCUCCGCAUUCCGUCGGUCAGUAGAGGGGCUGCGAGAAAGUCUGCAUUGGGAUCGCCUGGCCCGUCACGACCGGCAUGUCGAUCGGGAAGGUGGCCAGCUCCAUUUCCUGGGCUGCAGCGAUCUGCGGCUGGUAGAUCAGAGGCCACCCCUCCGUCGACUGCAUCUGCAUGGCCGCGGCGAAAGGGUCAUGCAUCUGCGCGGGGGGGUAGGAUGGGUAAGAGAGUAUGGGCGCCAGCACUGGGCCCGGCCCCCUGGGGCCAGGCGGGAAGUCGCGCGGCAGGGGCUGGUAGGUCUCGCCGCCGAGGGCGCGGGGUGGCGGCCGCUGUCUGGGGUUGUUGAUCAUUUCCUCAAUGUCGACAAAGACGAGCGAUUUGCGGCAGAGGCCUUUGCAGAAGUCGAAUAGGUUGGCGCAGAUGUUGGGGGAGUAGAAGUACCAGUUGGUGCGGUAAGACCGCUUGUACCGCUCGUUGGUCGUCUGGUUGGUCAACGCCAGCCACGAGUGGUAGAGCGUCAGCCAUCCCACAAAGCCGCCGAACGCCACGCAGUGCAGACACCAGACCAGCGACACCCACGACUGCCAGUGGAACCGCCUCAAACUGCCUGCAUUGCAUGCGAGGGAUGGAUGGAUGGAUGGAUGGGCAGACACGCACUCACAAACUGUCUGUCCACUUGUCUGUCCGUUCCUGUCUCCUCUCGUCUCUCUGUGUGAGUGUGUUACUUCUUUUGCUUACUGUUGAAGUCCAUGUGCAGGAAUCCCUUAGGAAGGUCGUAUGCGAGUAGUUUGGCGUUGACGGUGAAUCCCUCGAGCAGCAGUAGGCUGGUGAGCCAUAGCCAGAGGAGGAAGCAUGGGUGGUUGCGGGCGCCGAUGCACUGGCUGACCCAGGGGCAGUGGUGGUCGAACCGGUCCACACACAUGUCGCACCAGCUGCAGUGCUUACCACGCAAAGGACGCCAGAUCUUGCACGUGUCACACCUGGAUCAUAUCCACACACACAUACACACACGCAGACCAGACAAGUGUCUGUCUGUCUCUUUGUGCGUCUUCUGUGAUACCAUUUUCGCCAGAUUCGGUGUCCGUUGACAUAGACGUCUUUGCAGGUGUUGCGUGGGUGGUCCUCAGUGGGGUGCGGGUUCCUCAGGCAGAAUCCCGGCUCACGCCAGACGAUCAACACGAACAGCACCACAAUCGACACCACCGUCAGGACCGGCAUGUACACCAGGUGAAAGAGCACCUCCCUCUCACCCGCCAGGUCGUCGCUAUGCACGUACAGCCACGGCAGCGUUACCACCACAGACCAUAUCACCGGCGCCAGCUUGGCCAGCAGCGUCGUCCACACAGAUGGGAGGGUCUCCCGAGCCAUCAGCCCCCGGCCGUCGCAGCACACGUCGUGGUCGCCACGCCAGCCGUCGGGGCCGAUCAGCAGCUCAGGGCAUGAGCAUGACUGUGACGGCAUGAGUGCCAUGAGGUCUUCAUCGACCUCGACGAUGCGCAGCGGGUCCAGUGGAGACCGCAUUGAGUUCCUUGCUUCAAGGCAGCCUCAGGGACUCGUGAUAGCGGCCGCCUGGCAGAGGGGGGAGCCUCCCAGAGCACCAACAGAUGGGAUGGAUGAGAGGCCUCCACCGCGGAGGAACGGUCCUGUAGAGGGCAAUUCGCUUAGAAAAUGCCAGCCUUCUGUCGUCGAUUCGGGGGUGAAUCAGUAAGAUUGGGCUUGAUAUUGACAAAAGGCGAGACGGGAUGGGCGAGCUCAAAAACGGGAAGCCCCCACGAUCCCCGGCUUUUCCCAUUGCAAAGCGAUGUCCAGACGAACGGGGUAGCUGUCAAAUGUGUGUAUGUGCCAUUGUAUGAAUGAAUCCUCCACACGCACGGCGCAGACAUCUGUCUGUUUUUCUCUGUCUAUCUGUCUGUCUAUCACUCGCU